AAUAUUGUGCCGUGAACCAAAAAAGCUUGAGAACCACUGAAUUAAUAGUAUCAGUGAUACUGUUACUGUAGUAUCAUUAUUCAACAUACCGUAUUCACGACGUCGUGUGUGGUGUGUGAUAGUGAAAGAGCCCGUGCGUGUGUGACUGUGUGAGUGCCAUCUACCUAAUGGGAAACUGGGAAAAUCAUGGCUAUACCUACCAACUAUGCAGCAGCUACAUACCACUAUACCAGCUGCAUAGUGUAGUCACUUGUCUACUUCACUAGUGAGACAAAGACCGUUGUUGGCGCUUGCGCAACAACGGACCCUGUUAUCGAUUGUUUGGCGUUCGGAAUAUUCGGAUUCGGACACGUCGUCCCGUGUGUUACCGUCUGCUUAUCAGUGACCGCGAUCGUACUUAAUUAUACUAUCAUCCCAUACCACCUAAGACUUUAUACCAGGAUUACAAGUACAAGGUCUAUGGUUAUCGUGGUACACACAGCGAGUGCCUCCCACCAAGAGACUCAUCGUUUCAGUCGCGGUUAGUGGGUACUGGUCUGGUCAGUGGCUUGAAAACUACUACUUAACCACGCGCCAGCCAUAGUUCCGUUUUAAAGCUUUUAUAGUUUUAUGUUUUAUCGCUUCUGAGCUCAAAUCGAUAACGGCUGCGGCACUACGGUAGUAUAACUGUAGUAGGUGUGUUAAGCAAGCCGUGAAGGCGUAUACCCGCGCGUACGUCGUAAAUCCAUAAAAACUAAUUUUCGAUUCUGUUGAUGGUUUCAAGAUAAAAAAUUAGUCGUUGGACGACUAAGAUGUUUGACAUCCGGAGUCCGAACACUCCGAACUCGAUACCUCUUACCACUCCUACCGGUCAAGAGCUUUGUUUUUAUUAACGUAUCGAAAUGGAAUUAUGAUUGUUGAUAACUAAUUAUGUGUAGAUAAAAAAAGAUAACAUCAUUAAUCAUUGUUCCGUCUGCCGUCGUUAAUAUUUUUUCUUCUUUUUCCGUCGCAACUGGAAUACCAAAUAUCAACGGAAAUUAAUAUCGUGAGUUAGUCAAUUCUUCGAAGAUACGACUCCGCGUCAUACGACUGUAGUGUUUAUCGGAAGAUAUUAUUUUUCAUCCAUAUUAUCAAUAUUUUCUUUCACGCUAUGACUGUUCCGCCUAUAAAAUAAGAUAUGUUUUCAAGCACGAUGGACUGAACUGAAGCUGACUCAUUGACACCACACAGCUGUUCAACGAAGUAAGUACCCAGAAUACUAACUGAAGAUGGAUAGCAAUAUAUUUCAUGAAUUUAAUGGUCCUGCUAAAGAUAAAUGUAAUUAUUAUAAUCGAACGAGAAAUAGACUUCUUAUUACAGCUUAUGAAGGAAUACCUGAAACUCUUUUACUCAAUGCCUUAGGGUGUGUUCUCUUAGUUUUAUUUUUUGCUUUCAUGAGGAAAAGAGCAUGGGAUUAUGGACGUUUAGCAUUAGUCAAUAAAGAUUAUGAAAAGUGGUCUCGUAUAUUUUAUGGUACAACUGAUGAAAAUUCAGAGAAUAACAUUGAAGAUGGUAAUUCUACAACUACAUUAGACAACUCAAUGCCUGUUGAUAGAGGUUUAUUUUCUUGGUUCUUAACAAUUAUACAACUUAGAGAUGAAAAAAUUUUACGUAAAUGUGGUUACGAUGCUGUUCAAUAUUUAUCAUUCCAAAGGCACAUAAUGGUGUUAAUGGCUAUAAUUACUGCAGUUUCUUUAGGUGUGGUACUUCCAAUAAAUUUUGCUGGUGAUCUAGAAGGUGAUGAAAGAUCAUUUGGACAUACUACUGUUAGUAAUCUUCAUCCUGAUUCACCUUGGCUUUGGGUACAUGUGACUAUAGCCAUGUUAUAUUUUCCAUUAACUAUUUGCAUUAUGAGAAGGUUUUCUGUAAAUCUUAAAUUAGAAGAAAAUGGUGAAUGUUGGUCACGUACGUUGAUGAUAACAAAUAUUCCCAGACGAAAUUCUGACAUAAAUGAUAUGGAUCGACAUUUUAAAGAGGCAUAUCCCGAGUGUGAAGUAGAAAAUAUUCAACUUGCGUAUGAUGUCAACAAAGCUAAUGAAUUAGAUAGAGACAGAAAUGCUGCAGUUCAAGCUAGACAAUAUUGUGAAAAUCAUUUAAAAACUGUAGGUGAACGUCUGACAGUGCAACCCCAUGUUUGUGGUUAUAUUUGUAUUUGUUGCGGUUUCUGUAGUUCUAAUAAUUUAGAUGCUAUUGAUUAUUAUUCUCAAGAAGAAGCUCGGCUAAAAACAGAAUUAGAAGCAGAAAAAGAAUCCGCUUUAAAGAGACCUCUUGGUAUAGCUUUUGUAACUAUGACAACAAUACAUACAGCUAGACUCAUUCACCAAGAUCACGUUUACAAGUUAUCCAAAUGUGGUCGUCAUAAUCCACCUACCAGUUCUGUAGCGGGUCUACUUCAGCCUUAUCGUUGGAGAGUAACUUUUGCUMCUCCUCCUGAUGAUAUAUUUUGGGAAAAUUUGACUGAACCAUCUCACAAUCGAUAUUGUAAAAUUGUAUUAACAAAUUCAUUUUUAGUGAUAAUUUUAUUUUUUUUGACUACUCCUGUAAUUGUUUUGAAUGUUAUGGACACUCUUAAGCUCAGAGAAAUAGAAAAAGCUAGUCCUAUUUUAUCAGAAUUUAUGCCUACAUUAUUGUUGUGGACUGCGGCUGCAUUAUUACCGGUAUUAGUUAUAAGGUCUGAUCAGUGGCUUAGUCAUUGGACAAGAUCUAAAAGAAAUCAUUCCAUUAUGCGCAAAACGUUUGUUUUUCUUCUUUUUAUGUGUUUGAUACUUCCAUCUUUGGGAUUAACUAGUGCCCAAGCAUUCCUAAUGUUUGCAUUUCAAGCUGGUAUUGAGACUUAUCGUUGGCAAUGUGUGUUUUUACCUGAUAAAGGAGCAUUCUUUGUGAACUAUGUAGUUACGUCUGCUCUUAUUGGAACAAGUUUAGAACUCAUACGAUUUCCAGAACUUUUUAUGUAUGCUCUCCGAUUAUCAUUAUCAAGAUCGAAAGCAGAAUCUGCUAGUGCUAGAAGACUUAUUCUUUGGGAAUUUCCAUUUGGUGUACAGUAUGCUUGGAUGCUUAUUAUAUUCUCAAUUGUGACAGUGUAUAGCCUUUCUUGUCCUCUUAUAACACCCUUUGGUCUUUUGUAUAUGGUUACUAAACAUUUCGUUGACCGUUAUAAUAUAUAUUUUGCUUAUGGCAAAUCAAAAAUUAGUAAACGCAUACAUAGUACAGCUAUAAAUUGUGUUAUGGUUUCCAUUGUACUUUUACAAGUAAGUUUUACUUCGCUGUCAAUGUUGCGUCAUGGACUUCAUGAUAUCACUUUAUUUGCCUUGGUUGGACUUAUAAUAACAUUAACAUUUACAUUAUCUCAAUGUUUCUUCCGAAACUGUACUGCAUGGAGUCCUAUACUUUAUCAAGUAAGAAAUCCACGUACAGUUCAACCAAGUCCAGCAAGAAGACGUGAUCAUUCACAUGGUUUUGACUAUGUCCCUGAAGUAUUACGUCAACCUUUGCCACAUACAGCCGCAAAUUCUCUAAUUACGUUGACACCAAACGAUUCUGGUACAACAUUGGAUGAUUUGGAAAUCGAGAUGAGACAUAAUGAUGAUAGAUCAGAUUAUCAUCCACAGACUAAAGUAAUUAUAGAAUCUCAAAAUCACUGUGAUCAACUAUACCAGAAUUAUGAUUAUAAUCAAACAGUUCCUAUAUAA